AUGAUCUGGCAAACAGCGCUUGUGGCCUCGCUCCUGGCGUCGGGGGCCCAAGCAGGGAUAGGAUCUCUCGUCGCAGAGGGAAUGACGCGCGGCAACCCGUCGGUGGUGCGGAGGUUACAGGAAAUCGCCAAACUGACUCUCGUGUCGCGCGGGUUCUUGGACGAGAGGCAAACACCAACGGUGGACAGCAACACGGUCUUCUCGCCGGAUGGGACCAUCAACAUGACGGCUUGGGACGACCAAGCGAACAAGGCAUGCAAUGCCGCACUCAAGGACCUCAAGCUGGCCUCGAACCCGUCGGGGGCAGUCAUUUGCUACAACCUGCCGGCCCUCAACAACGUCACGGGGACUUUCGAGGCAGACUUGAGGCUCUAUCAACUUAACGAACCGACUGGAGACUUUGCGGGGAUACCGCCCGAGAAGAUCCAGGUCGGGCUCACCUACAAGGGAGCGUCGGUAUCACCAGUGACUUCACAGACAGCAUCGACGAAAGUGGUGGCGGCAAGACAAGCUGCGGCGGGCACUGCGGUGGAGGCUACGGGAAACGGACCACUCAAACUCCUUCAAACGUACCUGUUUGUUGGCCAAAUUGACAAGACUCAACUGAGCAAUCCAGUGGACACCGCUCGCCUGCAAGCACUUGUCAUGCCCGUCGUGACGCUCAAGGCCAACAACACCCAGGGCCAGCUCGUGAGCACGAAUGUGUCGUCGAACGAGGCCGUCUUCGUCACGGGAAUCUUCUCGGGCGUGGUGUUCAUGAGCACCUUUCGCAUGGCCGAACUCGCAGUUCAGCAAGAGGUCUCCAACAUGCAGAACGGCACAAGUGCCUUCGUGGUUCCCGGCAUGCAGAUCCUAAUCUUCCCCGUUGGCCUCAUCAUCACGGGCGCGUGGACGCUUCUAGGGGUUGCCGCCUACGCAUACGGCACCUACUCCCGAUACCAGUUCAGGGACCAGUUCCUGAAGCGCAUGCAAACGCUCGAGAAGUCGAACACACCAAGGAUAUGA